GACAAAAAUGAAUAAAAUGGUAGUUUCCCAAUUAAUUUUUUUGGGGUGAAAUACAUUAGGAAAGUGAUGCAAUAAUCUGAGGCAUGAGAAAUGCAAUCAAGUAGUAAGUUUUUGUUGUGUUCCUCCAAUUCCAAUCCGUUAUUUGGGUCACCCUCAGCCGUCACUGCCACUCUUCUUCCCUCUUGUCUUAGAUUCCCACCACUCUCCCUAACCAUCAUCGCUAAUUCAUCCUCGAUUCGCUUCAAACCCCUCCGCUCCACUGCUUCAUCGAGUGACUCUCCGCAAUUUACAGAAAUGGCAUCAAAGGAUUCUAAAGAUCAAGACCCGCGUAUUGCCAGAAUUUCAUCUGCCAUCCGUAUCAUCCCCGAUUUUCCCAAGCCAGGGAUUAUGUUUCAAGACAUAACCACUCUGCUUCUCGAUACAAAGGCUUUCAAAGACACCAUUGACUUGUUUGUUGAGAGGUACAGAGAUCAAAACAUUUCUGUCGUCGCAGGCGUUGAAGCAAGAGGCUUUAUUUUUGGCCCACCCAUUGCGCUGGCGAUUGGAGCAAAAUUUGUACCAAUGAGGAAACCCAAAAAAUUGCCAGGAGAGGUUAUCUCAGAAGAGUACUCUUUGGAGUAUGGAACUGACAAAAUAGAAAUGCACGUAGGGGCUGUACAACCUGGUGAAAGAGCCUUGGUCAUAGAUGAUCUUAUUGCCACUGGUGGAACCUUAUGUGCUGCAAUUAAACUUCUAGAACGUGUUGGGGUGAAUGUUGUUGAGUGCGCUUGUGUGAUUGAAUUACCAGAGUUAAAGGGGAGAGAAAAGCUGGGCGGCAAGUCUUUGUUCAUCUUAGUUGAAGGAGAAGGAGCCUGAUGUUUGUUGUUGUGAUUGGUUCUAGUUAUUUGACCAUUUGAGCUGGCUCUCGUUAGGAGCAUUAUUGAUGACUUUAGAUGGGAUUUACUGCAGAAAGCUCGAGUGUUUGUGAGCUCAGUUCACAUUAAGGGCUAUUUUUAAAAUAAAAUAUUGUGUUUGUCAGGCUCGAGCAGUAUGUAACAUUAUCCUAUUUUAAUAUUGAAGACUUGUUUAUUUGUUUGC